ACGGGAUCUGUUGGAUUUUCCGUCAGAUGUUGGACAUCUGUGCAGCUCAAAGAGGUUCGAAAAUUAUCGUCAUGUUUCACAUUUUGGCUGUCAGUUCAACGCUUCUUGCUUUUUGCUUUGGUAGUGAACUUCAUCCAGCGAACAGAAUUUUGGGUGGAAGCGAGACUGACGCAACAACGAUACCUUACCAGGUCUCCUUAGAGUUGAGCAACAUAUAUCGGUGUAGCGGCGUCAUUGUGAGCCCGUCAUGGGUAGUGACUGUUGCCAGUUGUCUCAUAGGAACAGAUUACGCAAACCUUGUUGUUCGAGCUGGCCCUGUACUGAGAGGAAUCCUGGGAACACUUCGUAAUGUUUCGCUUUACGUACCUUACCCAGGUUACGACGAUCAAAUCAUGGACUAUGACAUCGCUCUUGUCAAGCUGUCCGAGGACAUACCUUUCGACAGUACAAUAGACAGUCUUGACAUAGGAACGGAAGUUCCUUUCGACGGCAACGUUGCCACGGUAAGCGGAUGGGGUGCCACUUCCUCUGGCGCGUGGCUGUCUUCUGUGCUUAACGAGAGGAACGUUACUAUUCUGUACUUCAAUGACUGUAAGUACCUUUACGAGGGUAUCCAGAACCCCGUGACGGAGCGUAUGUUUUGCGCCGGGAGCAGAGAUGGGGGUCCUUGUCAAGGUGAUCCGGGGGACCCUCUGGUAUACAACGAGCAGCUGAUAGGAUUGAUGUCCUGGAGCUUCGGUUGUGGAGACGGGAAGUACCCGGCAGUGUACACUGACGUCACCAAGUUUAGGGGCUGGAUUGCAGAUUACGCUGGCUUGACUAUCUGAAUAGUAGUGAGCAUAUCAUUGCGAUGUGUAAUGCUUACUGCUUAGUUUCAAUGUUCUUCAAUAAAACGCACUGAAAUAAAAGUUGAUGAUAGUUUUUGUUAAAUGCAAAGAAAAUAUUGUAUAACCACUUAAAGAAAACGCCGUUUGGAACUCUCAC